AUGGCUGAUUCGGUUACCUCAGUGUUUAAUCGGUAUACUGAUAGUAACGAUUCGGACAUUCAUUUUCUGCGUACUUGGGCAGUUCGAAGAUGCCAGCAUACCGAUUGGGAUGUUUGCGAAACAAUUCGGCUGGUCGAGUUACAAGAAGCUCGCGAUCGAGCGGCGCAAAUGGAGAAAACUAUGAGAUGGUGGUCAACUUGUACGGCAGAAUGGAGAAAUCGUUGGAGCGCAGUUCGGGACGAAAGAAAUCGAGCUCGAGAGGAAGCGGAAUCCCUUCGACAUAAUUACGACAUUCUCCUUGAAGAACGUAACAAAUUGAUAGAACAAAAUUUCGCAGAGAAAGAAGAGAAGAAGGCACCAAAGGAAACAGAAAGAAUCCCGCCGUCUGAGAUAAAACUUCAUGUUGGUGUGCAAACUGUUUAUACAAUUCCGCCAAUAGAUUCGACAAAUUGCUGCAAUUUCGUUGUUAAUGAAACAUCAAAUGAUCAGUCGAAAAACGAAGAGAAAGCUUUAGAUGCGGUAACAGAGCAACUGAAAGCUGAAAACGAUUUUCUCAAGGAUCAAGUUGUUGAACUCGAAAAAUACCGUGAAAGAAUUGAACAUGACGCUAAAAUCAUAGAAGAAUUGAGAAAACGCCUUCAAAAGGCAGAAGGGCAAUUGAGAAACAAUAAGCGAGCUUCGAGCUCGUAG